AUGGCGACGCCCCGCCACCACCUCCCGCUCCUCCUCCUCCUCCUCCUCGUCCUGGAUACCCUCGCGCUCGCCCCCGUCCCCGGCCCCGCGGCGCUGGGCGGCGCCAACGGCGGCGACGGCGGGCGCGGCCCGCUGCUGGGCGGGUGGGCCCCAAUCCCGGACGUGGGCGACAAGCACAUCCAGGAGCUGGGCGGGUGGGCGCUGGGGCAGGCCAAGCACCAGAGGCUGGCCGCCGACGGGCUGCGGUUCCGCCGCGUGGUGCGCGGCGAGGAGCAGGUCGUGUCCGGGAUGAGGUACCGCCUCUACGUCGACGCCGCCGACCCCGCCGGCCGCACCGUGCCCUACGUCGCCGUCGUGUACGAGCAGGUCUGGACCCGCACCCGCCAGCUCGCCUCCUUCACCCCGGCGCCCCGCGCCCACUGA